AUGGCGACCCUCGCUCAUCCUACGGUCAUAGCGUCGUUGCUACUUCUCGUAGCGCUCUUUCUGUACUGGUAUGGGACGAGAGGCUUCGCUGACCUCAAGAAACUAAAUGUUCCCGGACCCAAACCUAUUCCAUUCCUUGGGAACUUUCUAGAACUGAGGAAAUACAAUGGUAUUUAUCAGAUGCACCUUGCUUUCCUUAAAAGAUACGGCAAAGUUUUCACCAUCUGUUUGGGCGGCAGGCCAUCGCUUGUCGUUGCCGAUCCGGAGCUGUUGAAACAAAUAAUGGUCAAGGAUUUUCCAAACUUCCGCAAUCGUUUCCAGUUCCAAAAGCUAGCGAACAAAACUCUUGCACAGAACGUGGGAUCCUCACGGGACGACAAAUGGAAACGGAUCCGUAACACGCUGACACCCACGUUCAGUGCGGGAAAAUUGAAGCUGAUGGUACCUUUGAUGGAGAAGUUGUGUGACACACUUUUGGAGAAACUUGAAAAAAUUGCUGACUCGGGUGAGUUAUAUUUUGAGUAGUUAACGAGUUAAGAAGGGUAAAGGAUGGGAUGGACAUUUAUUUUGAAUCUGGCAUUGCACUGUACCGAAGUAGAACGAAGCCAACCACGCCUGGACUGGAUGUAGCCGGCGAAAAGAGCCAGUGUGCGACAAACGCAGACUGCAGACCUGCAGACUGGCAGGUAAACGAGGAAAACUUAGUUGUGGAAUGCUUUAACAGAGUCCCUAUCCCUAAAGUUUAAGUAAUUCAAAAGUCUAGUUUAGGGAUAGGGAAUCUGUUAGAGCAUUCUACAACAAUGUUUACUUCGUUUAUCUGGCAGUCUGCAGUCUGCGUUUGUCGCAUUUCUCGACUCCACAACUGGUUCAAACCUUACACAAAAUAGGACAAAACAUCGUCAACGCUAUGCAAAUUUACCAAAUGCAUCUGAUACGGAGCGAAAUUGAGAUCUGAAAACCAUGAUUAAAGAAUGAAACCGGUAGACGUUGUGUCUCAAAUCCUUGUUCAUCCAUUGCUGGUUUGCACGUGACGUCACGGCCGCCAUGUUGGUGGUCAAGAACAAAAGCAUUUCUCUCCUCUGGGAACUAAACUCUAUUUUCAUGUAAAUCUUUCGAGCAAAAGUUCUAUUGUAUUGACCCCCAACAUGGCCGCCUUGUCACGUGGUUGCAAACCAAGAAUUGAUGCCUUGAACACGCUGAAACGCACCUCACUUUCGAAUGCAGUUUCCACAAACGCGCAAGGGAAAAAUUCUUUGAUGAUUUUUCUUGGAAUAAUCAGAUUUCUAUGAAUCUUAUUAGGAUAGAAAAAAAACUUUCUUUUCUUUUCAAUUUCAUAGACUCAUUUACUUAUUUAUUUUAAAAAGCUUAUUUAUCUUUGAAGCAUUCCAAAGAAAACUGUCUGAAACGCCGUAAUUUGUUCACUUGAAAAUCUGGACAAUUUAAGGAGAUAAUGAAAUGUCUGUAAAUCGUGAAUUUAUAGACAUUUUACAAGAGAGAAAAUCUCCUUUACUUUUACAUAUAGAAUACUAAAUGUCAGUGGAAUAGUUUUUGCACAGGUUUUAGAUAUCCUUUUCUAUGUUUAUGACCAUAAAUUUUAACCGCGGAAAUAAGGCCGUUCCUAUUUCAUUUUAGUAUAUUCAGUAUUACUUCUUUCUUUUUAUAUACAGGAUAUUACAUGGCCGCGCGGGAUACGAAUUUUAUCUUCGAGUACUGAAAGUAUCUUUCAUUAGUGAGCGAAGCGAACGAGUGAGAGAUACUUUCAGCACUCGAAGAUAAAAUUCAUAUCCCCAAGCGGCCAUGUAAUGUUCUGUUUAUUUUGUAGAUACUGAUGAAAUUCCUACAAAAAAAACACAACUUUUUUUAAAAUUCAUUUUCGAAACAACAAAAUAGUGCAAUUAAAGUGAUCACCUAUCGCAAAAUGCCUGUCAAAAAAAUGUUAUGAAACCCGGAUAUAAAGUUAUAAAGGAGAAAUAAAGACAAUAAUAAUUAUAUUUUCUGUUCCAAAAAGUCAAAAUUCUAAUGAAGGAGAGAAAAAUUCUAUAACAGCAAAAGCGUCUCUUAAAAGAGCAUCAUGUUGUGGAUUCUUGGCUCAUCGAGAAAGUCACCGGUAACUGUACAGUCUCGGAGCCAUUUUGAGAAUGAAAUUUCAAAAGAACCGGCCGCGCGCCUGAGCGGGAGGCUCUCUUGUCAUUGGCUAAUCAUGUCAGUAACCAUGGCACACCAAUAUCCUCACGGGUGAAAGAUGGUGCUCGCGAUGAAGAUAUGAUUUUUUAGUAAAAGGAAAAAUCCUGGUAUUUCAUCAGUAUCUAUAUAAUAAGUAAGUUUAUCUGUGUAAAUGGUGAUGCAAAGAAACAAUUUUGCUUUGUUGUCUUUCACAGAUCAAAGUGUUGACAUGUUGGACUGGUUCAGUAAAAUGACACUAGAAGUCAUUUUGGCCACUGCUUUUGGAGUUGAUGCAAAAAUACAAAUGGGGGAAAACAGCGAAAUUCUACAAGAGGCUAAGAAACUGUUUCACGUGCCUUUCUUUCUCCGACAAAUGGCCCGUCUUCCAUUUGGAAACUCACUUCUUCGUUUGUUUCUUGUUCUAAAUGGAAAUGAUGUAAACUAUUUUGAACGUAUCGGGAGAGAAAUGUUACACAUUCGUCGACAACAGGGGCAGACAAAUCGAAAAGACCGCCACUGA